AUGGGUGACGCGGCUAACACCCCCGCUGAGGCGGAGCGCUAUGCCAUUGGUAUCUCAUUCGGUAACUCUUGCAGUUCAAUUGCCCGUAUCUCACCUGAGGGCAAGGCUGAGGUUAUCGCCAACGAGGAGGGAGACCGUCAAAUUCCCAGCAUCCUCUCUUACAUCGACGGUGAGGAGUACCACGGCACACAGGCCAAGGCCCAACUCAUCCGCAACGGCACCAACACUGUCGCAUACUUCCGUGAUUUCCUCGGCAAGGAAUUCAAGUCCAUUGACCCUACUCCCUGCCACCAAUCUGCCCACCCCCAGCAGAAGGACGCCACUGUCGCUUUCACCGUCCGCGACACCGCCAGCGAGACCCCCAACACCAUCACCGUCUCCGAGAUCACCACCCGUCACUUCCAGCGCCUGAGACGCUCAGCCACCGACUUCCUCGGUAAGGAUGUGAACGCUGCCGUUAUCACCGUCCCCACCGACUUCACAGAUGCCCAGCGUGAGGCCCUCGUUGCCUCCGCCAAGGCCGCUGGUCUCGAUGUCCUCCAGCUCAUCCACGAGCCCGUUGCCGCUGUCAUGGCCUACGAUGCCCGCCCCGAGGCUACCGUGACCGACAAGCUGGUUGUUGUCGCCGACUUCGGUGGCACCCGCUCUGAUGUGGCCGUUGUGGCCAGCCGUGGUGGUAUGUACACCAUCCUCGCUACCGCCCACGACUACGAGCUUGGCGGUGCCACUCUCGACCAGAUCAUCAUCGACCACUUCGCCAAGGAGUUCAUGAAGAAGCACAAGACCGACCCCCGCGAGAACGCUCGCGGUCUGGCCAAGCUCAAGCUCGAGUGUGAGGCUACCCGCAAGGCCCUCAGCCUGAGCAGCAACGCCCAGCUCAGCAUUGAGUCUCUGGUCGACGGUGUCGACUACGGCUCCACCGUCAACCGCACCCGCUUCGAGCUCCUUGCCGGCAAGGUCUUCAGCCAGUUCACUGGCCUGAUCGAGCAGGUUGUCAAGAAGGCCGAGCUCGAUGUCCUUGACAUUGACGAGGUUAUCUUCUCCGGUGGUGCCUCCCACACCCCCAAGCUCGCCAGCCUGGCCAGCAACAUCUUCCCCGAGACCACCAAGAUCCUCGCCCCUGCCUCCUCCACCACCGCCAUCAACCCCUCCGAGCUGUCCGCCCGUGGUGCCGCUUUCCAGGCUUCCCUGGUCCAGGAGUUCGAGCACGAGGACAUCGAGCAGUCCAUCCACCCCAUGGUCACCGUCACCCCUCACCUGACCAAGGCCAUCGGUGUUGAGUUCACCUCCCAGACCGAGACCACCUUCCAGCCCCUCCUCGGCGCUGAGACCGCUCUCCCUGCCCGCCGCAUCGCUCAGUACUUCGCCCCCAAGGAGGGUGGCGAUGUCCUGGUCCGCGUGUGCGAGGGUGCCCGUGAGAUCAAGGUCACCAAGCCCGAGCCCAAGGCCAAGGAGGACAAGCCCGCCGCUGACGAGGAUGACUCCGACUUCGACUCCGAGGACGAGGAGGAGGAGGACAUCCGCGAGAUUGUCUGGAAGACUGAGAAACCCGUCGCCGAGCUCGCCGUCAAGGGCGUCAAGGCUGAUGGCAAGAUCGAGGUCAUGGUUCACGUCAACCCUGACCUCGGUCUCCAGAUUGCCGUCCGUGAGGUCGGCUCCCAGAACGCUGUCCGCGGCGCCGUCAACGGCUCUGCUUAA